AUGCCUCAUCUAUCAACUACUCUAAUUCACGCAGAUGACAAAAACAACCGUGUUUCCGAUGUUGCUCCACCUAUUAAUGUUGCUACUACUUAUAGAUAUGACAACAACAAUUUGAUUCCGUGGGCUGAACAGGACGAAAUGACAGUUUUGGAAGGAGAACCUGUUUAUUCUCGGGAAGCUCACCCAAAUUGUACUAGAUUGGAAAAUAUCUUUUCAGAUGUACUUGAUGGUCAUGCUGUGGUUUACAAUUCAGGCUGCUCUGCAUUUCAUGCAGCUUUGGUCCACUUCAAUCCAAAGAGGUUCUUUAUUGGUCAAAGUUACUUUGGUUGUAAGGCAAUUGCCGAUAUGAUUACAAGAAAUUAUGGAAUGGAACAGUAUACAUUGGAAGAUAUUGAGAAAUAUGCUCAAAAAGGUGAUUUGGUUCACUUAGAGACUCCAGUUAACCCUUUUGGUACUUCAAUUGAUAUUCAGUCUAUCGCUGAUAAGGCUCAUGCUAAAGGCGCUUUGUUACUUAUUGAUUCUACAUUUGCACCUCCACCUUUACAAAACCCAUGGGAGUUUGGCGCUGAUAUCAUAAUGCAUUCUGCUACCAAGUUCUUUGGCGGCCACUCAGAUUUGUUAAGUGGUGUUCUAGUGGUCAAAGAUCAAACUGCAGCUAGGGAAUUAAGACAUGAUAGAAUCCAUCUAGGAACUAUUAUUGGGAACCUAGAGAGUUAUUUAUUGAUAAGAUCAAUGAGAACUUUCGAGAUGAGGGUCCUGCAACAAUCCAAGAAUGCAUCUGCCAUAGUUCAGUUCCUGAACAAUAACAAAUCCACUUAUGAUAAAGUUGUUAGAGUCUUACAUCAUUCAUCUUUACAAACAGAACCUUUUGUUGCUAAACAAUUGGCAGGUGGUCAAACCCCAGUAUUCUCCAUGUGCCUAAUGAACCAAGAACAAUGCAAGAAAUUCGUUGGUAAGCUGAAAUACUUUCAACAUGCAACCUCUUUGGGUGGUGUUGAAUCCUUAGUCGAAUGGAGGGCUAUGUCAGACGAUACUAUUGAUCAAACAUUAUUACGAUUCUCUAUUGGUUGUGAAAAUGCUAAUGAUCUUAUCGAUGAUAUAAAACAAGCUUUGCAAAGCAUGCAAGACGAGAACUAA